UCUCGCCGCCGGCGGAGCUGGCUCUGGAACCAGUUCUUCGUGAUUGAAGAGUACAGAGGACCUGAGCCUGUGCUCAUUGGACGGCUGCAUACGGAUAUGGACAGAGGUGAUGGUCGCACUAAAUACACACUGGAGGGAGAAGGGGUGGGCUCUGUGUUUGUUAUUGACAGUAAGACAGGCAACAUACAUGUCACCAAGUCCCUGGACCGGGAGGAGAAGGACCAGUACCGCCUUAUUGCAACAGCAACAGAUCGGCAGACCGGCCGCGCCUUGGAGCCAUCCUCUGAGUUCAUCAUCAGAGUGCAAGACAUAAACGACAACCCGCCCAUCUUCCCCAAUGAACCUUAUGUUGCCAUGGUGCCGGAGAUGGCCAACAUAGGGACGUCCAUAAUCCAGGUAACAGCCAGAGACGCCGACGACCCAACAUAUGGAAAUAGUGCCAGGCUGGUGUACGCCAUCACCCAGGGCCAGGACUAUUUCUCUGUGGAUCCUCAGACAGGUGUCUUGCGGUCAGCCGUACCUGACAUGGACAGAGAAACUCAAGAUGAAUAUCUGGUUGUCCUUCAGGCCAAAGACAUGGGGGGCCAUCUGGGUGGGUUAUCGGGGACGACAACGGUGACAGUGAAGCUUAGCGACGUCAACGACAACCCCCCUCACUUCAGACGAAGUGCAUGGUCAUUUUCUGUAUCUGAGUUGGCAGCACCAGGGGUUGAGGUGGGCCGUCUUACAGCCACAGAUCCUGAUCUGGGUGAAAAUGCUCUGCUGGAGUUCACCAUCCUAGAACCCGAGGAGGGGGACAUGUUUAAUAUAACUGGAAGAGACCAAGAGGCGGUAAUCAUUCUGAGCAAGCUGCUGGAUUAUGAGACCCGCAGUUCGUAUUCUUUCACCGUGGAGGUUGCUAACCCCGUGGUGGAUGCUCGGUACCUCAGGAGGGGGCCCUUUAAGGACCAAGCAACAGUCCGGAUCAUGGUCCUCAAUGCUGAUGAGCCCCCACGAUUCUCCAGGGCUCGGUACCAUCUGGAUGUGUCUGAGAACUGUCCCCCUGUCUGCUCUGUUGGACGCGUCUACGCUGUAGACCCAGACACGGGACAAAGCACUAACAUCAGGUACUCCAUCGAUCCCCAGUCAGAUCCUGAGGCGCUGUUCCGCAUCGCCUCUGAUACAGGCUCCAUCAGCACAGUGAUGGAGUUGGACCGCGAGCGGGAGCAGUGGCAUAAUAUCACUGUCAUCGCCACACAGAGGGGUAUGUCAGCCCUCCUGCCCUCCAGCACAAUGAGCACUAGAGCUUAGCACAGAAUAACUUCACCAUUAACGUUGGUUUCCUUUCUUCCAGACAAUCCCAAUCUUGUGUCAAGGGUUGUGGUUGCCAUAGAGACACUAGACCAGAAUGACAAUGCGCCAGAGUUGGACAGGCAGUACACAACGUCCGUAUGUGACUCUAGUGCCCCUGGCCAGGUAGUGCAGGUCCUGCGAGCCAUCGACAAGGACCAAGGCGGACAGGAUGCCCCGGUCCAUUUCAGCAUCCCUCCAGAAUCAAGCUCUGCGCUCAACCUCACCAUCAGGGAAAGUGGAGGUGUGACAGCCAGCCUGGUGCUCCAGUCAGCCUUGGAGCCCGUGCCUGGCUUUUCCUCCUCUCUGCUCACCCUCUAUGUGCCAGUUGUGCUACGCGAUGGGGCCUCCGGUCUAACCAACACUGGCACAGUCACUGUAACCAUUUGUCCCUGUCUGAGAGGAGGCAUGCAGACAGAGGAUAGGGGAAGGCAGCGGGACAGGAGAUGGGAGAGGCACAUGGUGUGUCUGCCCCUGCCUUCUGCCUCUCCAUCUCUCAUUUUCAGUAUGGUCACUUUACUAGCCAUGCUGGCCUGCAUCACCACGCUGCUGGUGGUGUGUGCACUCUCGCUGUCAUUGCGCCAUCAGAAGAGAGACUCCAGCUCACCAUUUGAGGAGGAUGAUGUCAGGGAGAACAUCAUAUCCUACGAUGACGAGGGGGGAGGGGAAGCAGAUACUGCCGCUUUUGACAUCACAGCGUUGCAGAGCAUGCACAGAAUACAGCACAUGCAAAACAACAGGAACAUAUGGUACACCCAGCAGAAUCCGCCAAGGGCCAGGACGUACAGCUGGAGUCGUAACCCCCGCCCUGGCCUGGACCCUCAGCGGCCAGGCUCUGCUCCUCUCUAUGGACGUCUCUGCUAUGGCAUCCACACUCUGCCCGUUCUCAGAGACUAUCCAGAGGGGCCACUGGAGGCAGGUUUGCAGCUAGCCCAGCUGACCCACGGGUUCAGUGGCAGCCACGCCAGUAAUUCCCUCAUCAUCCAGAACCAGAGCACCUUUGAGCCUGCAGAGCCUGGAGCAGCUCACAUACACUCUGCUGAGAUGGGUAGUUAUGAAGCAGACCGCAUGCCGGCUAAGAGCAAACACACCGACAAAAAUGGAAGCAGCCAGGCAAAUUGUGACACAAAACAGAAUCAGGAGCAGGUUAAGACAAACCUGACAGAAACGGAGUCGACACUCACAAACAAAGCUGCGACUGUGACCUACUCUGACCCAAACGAAUCUUCGUGCCAGAGUCAAGCCAGCUCUUCAUCAAACCAGCCAGAGGGAAGGCCAGGGUCAUCUCAAACACAGAUCAGCACCGGGGUAACCAGCUCCACAACAGAUGAAAUUGAUACCGAUACCUCUAUUCCCUCCAUCUCAGAGAGAAAUGAUUCUAACAGUGGCCAAAUCAAUACUGUUAAUGGUCCUGUUUACCUGAAAGGGGAUGCAUACAGCAUUGUUGGCUCACUGAACCUGAGUAACAGAGGGAUAUCUAUAAACGGGACCGGCAGCAGUGGUUUGUACCCAGGGGGAGUGCAGCUUCUGAACAUGUACAGACUGGGGAGAAGGGACCUCACGCCACAGUCUUUGCCCUUACCUGGAGGGAUGUUUGGAUGCAACAAGGGUUGGCCAUGUGGGCCACAGCGUGCGCCCGAGAAAACAGGGCCGGCCAAGCCUCUCAGAAUGGAAGAUUUUCUGAAUUUUCGUCUGGAUCAGGUGACCUUUGACCUGUCCCAGCCACCCUACGACUCACUGCAGACUUACGAGUUUGAAGGACGUGACUCAAGGGCCGAGUCUCUGAGUUCACUGGAGAGUGAUGGGGACAAGGAGGAGGGAAGUGUGGUGCGCGGGAUGGAGGAGCUAAACCAGAAGUUUCAGAGGCUGGUGGAGAUCAUCAAAGAGAGGGAAGAGGAGAAGGAGCAAGAGAGGAAGUUAACAGAGGAAGGGACACCGGUGGUGGAGGAAGGACAGAAUAUGGAGGCUGUUGUCAAGGAGACACAUAAACAAGAAACUGAGGAGAGCAGUGACAAAGAACAGCAGAGAUGGGAUUUCUAGAGAGGACUUUAACUGUAUGGAAAAGAAAGUUCAAGAGAGCUGUUUUGACAGUGAUGGAUUUUAAACGUGAUAGGAUGGCAAAAUACACAGCUCCUGACAGAAAUUGUUGUGUUUUUCCCCAUACCUGAAAAAAAAAUAAUCCAGGAUGCUGACAAUGGAACCAAGAUUGUGGCAGAAUCAAUGCACAUCUCAUAGA